AUAACGCUAAAUACAGUCGCAAGCAGGUCUCGCGCAUCGGUACGUAGGACUCAUAGUAGUAGUACACUGUAUGGGACAGGGGACAGAGUGAGGGCCCUUCUCACCUCCUACAAGUCGCCGGACGAAGUCAAUGGGUUGAUACUCGGAAGCUUCCUCCGAGCUUUUGGACUUGUCGAGUUUUUGUUCACUUUGGUUUCUUUAGGUAUUUGAUACGAAAAUCUUUGCUUCCUAUAAGUUUCACGUGUUAUUGGAGCUUAGGGUUUAUAGCGAAGGAAAGAAAUGGAAAAUAUGGUCUUGGGCGCUGCUUUUGGAAAAGUAUUUUCGGAAUUGUACGAGACAGUGAAGGAUGUGGUGAUGAAAAACCUUGAGUUCGAUGCUAUUCUCGAUCGCCUCAAAUCCACGCUAGAGGUAUUAGAGCCUUUGAUCAAAGACAUACAAAGGGCAAAUAGAGAAUUGGAUCGCCCAGAAGAGGAAAUUUCGAGUGGCUUGAUUGAAAAGAUGAAGAAAGGCGCUUCUCAAGUUAAGGAGUACUCGAAGCUCCCGCGGUGGAAAUUCAUCUCGAGAUUCAUGUACGCGAACGAACUUUGCAAGUUGGAAAAGGACCUCAUUAGGUUCUUUCAGCUUGAGGCGCAAGUAAUGAAUUGGAGAAAUGUGUUGCAGAUUUUGUUGGGGAUGAAAAUCAGUCGUGGUUGGUCCUCCUGCGCGGUUCCUGGACACCAACGGGACUUCAUCGUUGGGUUCGAGGUGCCUUUGAAGGAGUUGAAAAUGCAUCUGCUCAAGGAGGAGCUGAAUAUGCUUGUGGUGACUGGUCCCCCAGGAUGCGGGAAGACCACUUUGGUGAAAAUGCUACGUGACGAUGAGCAAAUUAAAGGCAUAUAUAAGGACAUGUCUUUUGUCCCCAUUUCAAGAAAUCCAAACCUGCAGGUUAUUGUGGAAAAACUAUUCCAUAAGGCCACGAAUCAAGUGCCUGAGUUUGUAAGUGAUGAAGAUGCAAUCGACCAGCUAGAGCAACUGCUGAAUCAGAUUAAUGGUCAUGUACUGUUGAUCCUGGAUGAUGCCUGGUCUGGAUCAGAAUCCCUUCUUGAGAAGUUUAUUAAGAUUUCAAAAAUGCCAAAUUGCAAGAUUCUAGUGACUUCGAGAACUGCUUUUACAAGAUUGACUUUACAUACUAGGACAUUGGCCAAUAUGCGUUACGUCCUCAACCUUCAAACAAGAACUGAUUUGUUUAGUGGCCUUGGAUUGCAGAUUGUGAAAAGCUGUGGGGGGUUCCCACUGGCACUUGAAGUGGUCGGGAGAUCACUCCGAGGGCGGUCUGCUUCAGUCUGGCUCAGUAGAGAGACGAAAUGCUCUAGUGGUCCUAUUAUCGAUUCUGAAGAGGAACAUUUGUUUGUUUGUCUCAGGCAAAGCAUAGAUUUCAAAGACAAUGAGAUCAUCAUCCAGAAAUGUUUCAUGGACCUUGGAUUGUUUCCUGAGGACCAAAAGAUCCCCGUUGCAGCCCUGAUUGAUAUGUGGUUAGAAUUAUACGAUCUAGGUCCAGAUGUCCGUGCCAUCAAAACACUAGAUGACAUCGCCAUCCGGAAUCUGGUUAGUCUUUUGGUCAUAAGGAAAGAUGCAAGCGAGGUUGGUCGCUACUGCAGUGAAGACUUCGUUCUACAACAUGAUGUUCUUAGAGAGCUAGCUAUCUGUCAGAGUAGCCAGAAGCCAAUAGAACAGAGAGAAAGACUGAUUGUAGACAUUAAUGAAAACAAUCUUCCCAAGUGGUGGGUGGAACAGGGGCAGCAAUUACCUCUCAGCGCCCAAUCCCUUUCUAUCUCAACUGAUGAGAAGUUCUUAUCAAUGUGGAGUGAAAUACUACCGCUUAAAGUCGAGAUUCUAGUUUUGAAUUUUCGGACAAAGAACUACACCUUACCUGAGUUUGUGGCCAAAAUGGAUAGACUGAAGGUUCUAAUUGUCACAAAUUAUGGUUUCUCCUCAGCUGAAGUAGGUAAUUUUCAGCUACUUGGGUCUGUACCCAAUCUGAAGAGAAUCAGAUUGGAGAAGGUUUCGAUUCCCUCCCUUUGCAAAACCCCAGUAGAAUUGAAGAGUUUGAAGAAAAUAUCUCUGUUUAUGUGUCAUGUUGGUCAGGCUUUCAAGAAUUGCAGCAUCCAGAUUACAGAUGCGAUGCCAAAUUUAAGGGAGAUAAACAUUGACUAUUGCAAUGAUCUGGUGGAAUUGCCUAUUGGGCUGUGUGAUAUUGUCACCCUCCAAAAAUUCAGCGUCAGCAACUGUCAUAAGUUGUCUGCAUUGCCAGAAGGGAUUGGAAAGCUGGUGAAUUUGGAAGUGCUAAUGCUCCGGUCAUGUACUGCUUUGUUGGAGUUGCCACAAUCAAUCAGAAGCCUCCAUAACUUAAACAUUCUUGACAUAUCCGACUGCCUAAGCAUUAUCAAGUUGCCCGAACACAUUGGCGAGUUGCAUAAUUUGAAAGAGUUUCACAUGAAAGGGUGCUUGAGAUUGCACAAUAUGCCGUUGCCACCAUCAAUCGUGGAUCUUAAGGAGCUGGAGCUUGUGACAUGUGACGAAGUUAUCAAGGCCAAGUUUUGGGAGCCUAUCAAGAAGGAAUUUCUUACCAAUCUAGAGAUAAAGGUGCCUGAAAAAGAUAUCAACUUGAAUUUUCUUCUCUGAGAAUACUGUAGAGCACUUGUAGAUGGAUUUAAGUUGUGUCGACAACUGGGUUUGAGGAAUAUUUUGGUGGAAUCGGAUUAAAGUGUUGUGUUGGAUGGUUCUUGUCGGGAGUUUGCAGAUUUUGGUAUUUACGGGAGUUUUGGAAGGAAGCUUAGUAGCUCAUCUACUCGCUUAAUGCUCAGGUGUGAUUAGUCUUUCAAGAAACGAAUAUGGUUGCAGAUUUUUUGGCAAAGGAAGGUACCGGGAGUGUUUCUUUCGAUUUUAUUGGGGAUAGUUAUGAUAAGGGUCGGUUUUGUGGUCUUUUAUGUACUGAUAGUUUGGGGCUUACCUUAUAUUCGGUCAAGAUAGAAUUGUUAUCGGGUUUGUACAAAAUAGUUUUGGGUCUUUAUUUCUUUUGAUGUUUGGGUUUGGUCUAUAUGUAACUCCAACUGUCUGGAUUGUUACCAAGGUUUUUCUCCGCCAUAAAUUAGGGUUUUUAA